AUUCUGGCCUCUCUCCACUGGCUUCCAGUGCAGUUCAGGAUCGAUUUCAAGGUUAAUGGAUGGGCCCCCUCCUAUAUUUCUGACCUGUUAACCUCUUAUUCCCCCUCCAGAACUCUCAGGUCAUCAAACCUGGGGCUCCUGUCCCACAAACAAAUCUUAUGCUCAAGGGGGACCAUGCCUCUGCUCUUGCAGCCCCUAGACUGUGGAACAGCACCCCCCUCUCUAUCAGAUCUGCCCCCUCCAUUGAUUUCUUCAAGUCCAGGCUCAAAACACACUCUUAUUGUUUCGAGUUUGGAUCCACUUGAAACGGUUUUUAUUCUAUGCCUCAACAAUGUUUGUUGAUUUGUGCUAUAUGUUAUGUGGUUUUGUUUUUAGUCUUUCAUUCUGUUUUUAUUGCCUGAUUUUGUUCUGCACAACACUUUGGUUGUUUUCAAUUGUGCUCUAUAAAUAAAUGCACUUGACUUGGCUUGACUUUUCCCCUGUAAACCUGCCUUUGAAUACCAGCGCAGUGACCACCCUCCACGCUGAGUUUCAACCUUCACCUGAAAACAUGUGGUGGAGUGCAGGAAAAAGAGCACAUCCUCAGAUCAAAAGGGUCCUGUCUAGAUGGUAACCCUAGAUUUGCAAAAGAUCUCGCGAGAGUGAUCAUUUUAACCCAAACUAUGAUCUUUCCCUUACCCUAACCAAGUAGGGGUUUUCCCUGCCUAAACCUAACUAGACUUUGACCAUAGUGUUGUCACAUAAUAAAACAUCAUUAUUUUGUACAACGUGUACAAUGAAGAAAUGACGCGUACAAAUCUCGCAAGAGUUUCGCAAAUCUAAGGUAACCAUCAAAGACAAGGAGCGCCACUUCCGAGUACGGCUCAAGUCAGCUGACCAGGAACGAACCAAUCAGAAGUCGUACGCCGUUGUAAAUAAACGCAUGUGAAAAAGCUGCAGCAGCGACGGACAGAAGCAGAGCAGAGACAUGACGGCAAAGACGGAACCCAGCGAUACGAGCGGAGCUGCCGCAGCAGGAAGCAGCAACAGCAGACAAGGCCCAGGAGGACUGUGGGACUCUGUGAAGAAAGCUGUGUUUGUCAUCGGAUCUGGAAUCUUACUCUUGGCUGCAUUCGGCAACUCACUGACAUGGCAUUUUCAGAAAUUCUGGGGAGCUUCAGGAGAUUUCUGGCAGAACCUGUGGACCAAGUUGUACUUGAUGUUCGAGGGUCAUGAUGCAGCUCUGUUCUACAUGGGAACCAUGUUACUCCCCACUCUGGCAUACUGGGGGUCAAAUAGUCUGCUGCUAUUGGUGGAUACUACUGGCAAACCCUCCUUCAUCACUCGCUACCGUAUCCAAGUGGACAAGAAUAACCCGGUGGAUCCCGUUAAGCUGCGCAAUGCAGUGAAGACUGUCUUCUUCAACUGGAUAUGCAUCUCUGGGCCCAUGGUAGUGGCGGCUUACCACUUGACGACCUGGAGAGCAAACCCGUGUGGCCCUGAGCUGCCCACCUUCCACUGGGCCCUGAUGGAGCUGGCUGUCUUCUCCAUCCUGGAGGAAGUUCUGUUUUACUAUUCUCACAGACUGUUCCACCAUCCCAGCCUCUACAAGCAUUUCCACAAACAGCACCAUGAGUGGACUGCUCCCAUCGGAAUCAUCGCCAUCUACGCUCAUCCUCUGGAGCAUAUGCUCUCCAACACACUGCCAGUAAUUAUCGGGCCUGUGAUCCUGGGCUCCCACAUAACCACCACCUCCUUGUGGUACUGCUUCGCUCUGGUCAGCACCACCAUCUCCCACUGUGGAUACCACCUCCCAUUCCUGCCCUCACCCGAGUUCCACGACUACCACCACCUCAAGUUCAACCAGUGCUACGGGGUCUUGGGAGUGCUGGACAGACUCCACAGUACCGACACCAAAUUCAGGCAGACCAAGCAGUAUGAACGCCACGUCCUGCUCACCAACCUCACCCCGCUGACUGAGAGCAUCCCCGACACUCCCAAGAAGGGCCAGUGAUGCCCUGCGACCUCUGACCUUUAACUUGAGGCCCAGGCCUCGCCGAGUUUGGGAUCAUCACUGUGAUAUGUGUAGACAAAAUGUCCAAUCAAUCUUCAAUGAUUGUUGUUUUAAUCCAGAAAACCUGUUGGCCAGUUUCAGACACUGGUCACUUUUUAUUUUUUCCAAGCAGAAAUGUUUCUGUUGGACUUUAUCAGACAUGCAGGUUUCAUGCAUUUUUAUAAUUUUGGCGUCUAUGUUCACUGUCGAUGUGAAGUCGCCUGAAACUGUGGUUAUUUUUAACCUGUCUCCUCCCAUCAUUUCAUCUCAUGUGACCUUGUCAAACUGUUAUUAUAGCUCAUAAUUUGUGGGAACAAGUAACAGAUGAAAGUGUAAAUGUGGCUACAGUGUCAGUUUUACCUGCAGUUUGGAGAAGUGGAGAAGUUUUCCUUUGGUGCAUAAUUUGAUUUUAUUCAAAAUCAAAGGAUAAUUAAGUCUUAAAACAAGUCACAAAUACUCACACUUUAGCAAAGUAUGAUAGACUCGACAGUAGAGCUGUCAAUUAGCUGUCGAUUAACGAUUAGUCAACAGAAAAUUAACCAGCAGCUAUUUUGAUAAUCAAUCAUUUGUAUUUUUUUAAGCAAAAACGCUAAAAAUGUGCUGGAUGCAGGUUCUCCAAUGUGAGGAUUUGAUGCUUUUACUAUCAUACAUGAUAGUAAACUGAAUAUCUGUAAAUAUAAUAUAAACAAAAUGAUUAAUCCGAUAGUGAAAAUAAUAGUCAGCUCUACUAGACUGCAUUUUGCCAUAACCUCCGACGUUAACUUCAGUUAAUGUUGUUUUUCUCACCUUUCCAAACAUGAGCAGCUGUGUCUUCGGGGGUUGUUUGCUGAGCUGAUUCAUUUUCACUUGUAUUCAAACACAUGACAGUUCUUAUUCUGUCCGUCUCCACCUGAUUAAACUAAAACGUAGGAGGAAACACCCAGAUUGCACUAACUUGUUUAACACGAUUGUUAGGACAACAGCCACUAAAUAACACUGCGUAAAUGCUGUAUUGUAAACACAUGAAUAAUGUAGUUAUGUAUUAAUUAUUAGACACAAAUUUUGUAUUAUAUGUAGAGUUUAGUAAUAGCACUUCCAGUUCACCAGUCCAGAUCCUUCUGCUGCGUUCACUUGCUGCUCAGACAGAAGAGCAUCUGUCUUUUACACCAAAAGACAGAACAAACAUUUGCACUUUUCUUUCCAUGGCACCUACCCGUUGAAUGUGUGUAUGUAUUACAGAAGGCCUCAGUAAUGAUUGUAUAAGAAAUGAGUGUUGAUAAAAAAUGUUUAAUUAAAAAAACAGCUUCUACUUUGAUACAAUGUUCAAGUUUUAGCUGUACUGUUUAAUAUUAAAAUAUUUUGAAAAGA